UCUCUCUACUAGACCACCUCACUUAGUGGGAAAUAACAAAUGUUAAAUGUCAUGCAAGUGAGGUACAAUUAAUAUACAACAAAAUCAAAGUAGAAUAUUGGUGUUUUUAAAAAAUAAUUCAGGGUAAAAAGCAACCAUAAAACAUGAAAUAUGUUGGAAGAUUUCUCAAAGUAUUCAAUUUAUUGUCUGUAGGAAGUUAGUCAAUUGCAUAUGCACUUGCAUAUUUGGGUUUGUAAAUCAAUAUAAUAUUAAGUGAAACCCACAGACAUCAUGACAGGGAACAAUUAGUUUGGGAUUUUAUAAUCAGUAGAAGGUGGGUUUUUUGUAUAAUAGUAUGUUAAUAUAUAUUUUGCUCAACCUUUAUAAAUAGAUUAUUGGAAAGGAAUUCAUUGCAUAACAAAAGCCAAACAUAAUUCCUCAUACGUGUACUUAGACUCAAUAAAAGCAGCCUGAUUUUAUAACAAAAAUCAGGAUGAGGUAGCUUCCUAAAUGCUAAUUUAAACUUAAUUGUAAGUAAUGGAAGAAUUUUUUAAAAAAUUGAACAAACUGCAAAAAAAUGUACCAUGCUAAUUAAAGACACUACUGCUUAAUAAAUUACUUAACAGGGUCUAACUGAUAUGAAUUAGAAAUAGUAACAUAGAAAUUGUGACUAAAAUAAUAAUUAAAACUGAUACUUGUUGAGAACUUAUAAGUGUCAGGUUGAGUGCUCAGUGUUACAUGCAUUGUAUAUUACCUAUUCUUAUUUCCAUUUUAGAUUAGUAAGAUAGGUUACUAGAUACUAAAUAAUUUUUUAACAGUCACACUCCUGUAAGUUUCAAAGCCAUAAUUUAUUUCCAGGUCUUUCUGACUACAGCAUCUGUUGACUGAAUUAUUAAGUUAUGUUAUCUGGAUUUUUUUACAAGUAAUUACCAUCACUUAUACAACUAAAAUGACCUUUACUAACUUUGACACCUAUAGGAUCUUUCUGGAAGUUUGAAUUAACAGUGUUCUUCCAUAAAUUACUUAUAUUUGUUUAUUAUUUUGUGGGUUCAUAUCUUAGCCAUUAAGUCAAUUAUCGAUUACUUUUACAAACUAAGUAUUUUUUAGUCUUUUUCUGUUGUUUUAUUUUCAAUAUUGUCUAGGUUAUAUAUACGUUUAGUGUAUCAUGUAACAUUUUCCAAUACAUGAAGUAUUUCCUCAAUUUUUAAUGUCUUCUCAGAGCUCCUCAACCAUUCAAAAUAACAACCAUUUGGUAACACUUUUAAUAAGUAAAUGUAAGUCGCCAAAUAAUGUAAUUUAGUGUAGGAGAUUGUUGUACAUGCCAACAUUACUCUUUCCCCAUCUUUAAAAUACUCUAUCUUUAACCAUUACUGGAUUUCAAAAUUAUCAUAAAUAUAGGUGAAUCUCUCUUUUCUAAUAAAACAUUUUAAUUUUAAUACAAGCAUUAUAAUGGUGUUAAAAUAUUUCUGUGGAAUCUGACUAGGACAUUAUUCGUCAUGAACUUCUUUAUUCCUCCCUAAUUUAUUGCUUUUCAUUGUUUCAACCAAAAAUAUAUUGUCAAAUGUAGAAUUACUUAAAAAAAAGUAUUCUACCAUGAGACACUUGUUUAAAACUCUAAGGAAUUUAGAACCAGGCCUUAAGAUUGUUCUACUGCGAAGUGAGCACUAGACUCUACCCCGCCCAUUUUACUGUACUAGGGAUCUCAUCUUACAUAUACCAUUCAUUCCUAAGUACACUUAGAGCACUGUCUGACAUAAUUCAGCUGCAGAGAUGAAUAACCAAGGAGUAACCUAUGCAGAACUGAAGGUAGCCAAGAACUCAAAGAGGCAGCAAAUAAAACCUAAGGGCACUAAAAGUUCCAUUUCAAUAACUGAGCAGGAAAUAACCUAUGCAGAAUUAAAUCUUCAAAAUGCUUCUCAGAACCUUCGAGGGAAUGACAAGAACUACCACUGCAAAGAUUUACCAUCACCUCCAGAGAAGCUCAUUGCUGGGGUUCUGGGAAUCAUCUGCCUUGUUUUGAUGUCCAGUGUGGUAACAAUGGUAGUUUUUACUCCCUCUACUGCAAUACAGGAGCAGAAUAACUCCUCUCCGAUAAAAAGGCUCCAGAAAGAAUGUCAUUCUGGUCAUUGUCCAAAAGAGUGGUUUACAUAUUCCAACAAUUGCUAUUAUAUUCAUUUUGAAAAAAAAACAUGGAAUGAGAGUGUGACAGCCUGUGCUACUAAGAACUCUACUCUGCUUUAUAUAGAUAAUGAAGAAGAAAUGAAAUUCCUGAUGUCCCUAUCAGUUGUGUCAUGGAUUUCAGUCUUUCGUAAAGGCCGUGAUCAUCCCUGGAAGUGGCUAAAUGGUUCAACUUACAAACUACAUAUAACAGACUCAUCACCUGAUAAACGUAACUGUGCUCUGUUAUAUUCAGAUGGCAUUAAAGCAGACAGUUGUGAGCUCCCACAUACAUAUAAUUGCAAGGAUCAGCUUGAGAAAACUGGUGUGGUGGAACUUCUUCUCUGGAAGCCUGGACCUCCACAAGGUUUCUUUUGUCUGUGAGUGAUUGUCUAAGACAUUGUUUUCCAGAGGUUCCCUGAAAGAGGGAGGAACUGGAGCUGGUUCACAGGCAACUGCAGGGUCCACAGAUGGGACUGAGUUCUGUAUCACUCAAUUUCAAAUCAUAUAAAGUGGAAAACACCAAGAAUAGUCAAGACAAUGUGGGUGAAGAGCACGAAGAAUAUAUUUUGUCAUUAGUCUGAGGAACCGAACCAAAUUCUGGAAAAAAAAAAAGUCUAUGAAUAUAUUGAACAAUAAAUAUGUGGUUGCAGAGGUAAUAUUACAGAUCCUAAGAAAAGAAUAGAUUAUUCAAUAAAGGUGAUGGAAAAAAUCAUUUCCCUGUGGAAAAGUAUUGAAUAUCAGAGAUCUAAUUAUGAAAGAAGUCCUCACAAGUUUAACAGAAAAUAUAGUUGCAAGCUUCAAAACCUUUGGUGAAGCAUACACUUCUCAAUCAAAUUUCCAAAAAUCCAAAUCAUAAAUGCAAAUGAUGCUAUAAAGUAAUAAUUAAAUAAGUAAAUUUAUUAUUAUCUGGACAGUAAAAUAUAUUAUUAAGAUUGGAAAGAUACACCCAGACUAGCACAAAUUAUACAAUCAGUGAGUGGUUUGCUGGAUCGGGCUCAUAGCUAAUCAAAAGAGAUUAUUGUUAAAAUUUCAGGAAUUUUGAAAACCAGCUAUUAAACACAAUCAUUACUAAAAUUCAAUUAUAUAAAUAUAAAUAUUGUAAAUCAUACUAACAAUAAAAGUAAUAAAUACUCAAAACUCAUUUUUAGUCAUUUUGCUAAAUUUACUAUACUUAUGAAGUUAUUUGCAUCUAUCAUAUCUGGUUGUUGAAAUACUGUACAAUGUUGUACUACUAUAAAUCUCUUCCCUUCUCAAUCCUGCAUUCAGUGGUAUCAGGUUAGUAGCUUUAAAUUUGAUUAUGGUCAGAGUACUUACACAAAUAAAAUUGGCAAACUCUACCAAUGAGAUCUUCCCCACCACCAUAGAGUGGGUUAUUAAACAUUUACUAAUUUACGCUGGGUGCACUUAACAAUAGAUUUCUAUCUAGAAUAUACAAAGAACUUAUGUAAGUCCAUAAAAAGGCAACCAAUUCAACAUAAAAUAUGUGAAAAGACAAUUCACAGAGAAUUAGACCUGAAUAUUCCUUAACGAUACUAUUAUAAAAGUUAAAUAUAAGUAAUUAUCAUGGAAAGGCAAACCAAGACAUCCUAACAAAAUUUUGUAAUCACGAUAUUAGAAAUAUGAAAAGAUUGUAGAUUCCAAAUCAUGGAUAUGGUGUAAAAAAAUGGAAGUUUUCAUGUACUUCUGCUUGGGGUGAAAGUAAUAACAAGUUUUGAAAAGCAAUUUGUCAGUAUUUGUGAAGUUUUGAAUAUACUUAUACUAGUACCCCAAAACUGAUAAGUACAUAGUCUAGAAGAAACACUCCUGUAAAUAUGGUUAAGGAAAGAUAUUGAAGAACAUUCAAGGCAGAAGUUUGAGUGAUAAUAAAAAGGAAAAAAAGGAAGAAUCUGAAUAUCCUUAGAAAAGAAAAUAGGUGAAAAUAUUGUCCUAUAUUCAUAGAAUAGACUAUAUUUUAUGAAGAAAGUGAAUAAAAUAGCACAAUAUUGAGUAUAUCAAUAUUAAGGGAUGUCAAAAAUAUAAAUUUGAGCCAAUAUAAAUAAUUCUAAAAAUACACAUUAUACAUUGUUUUUGUCCUUUUUAAAAAUACAUGCAAGACAUAGCCGUAUGUAUUAGAUAUAAAUAAAUAGGUAAUAGGGAUCCUCUAAAGGGAAAAGAGGGAAUUAAAUUAUGAAUGAGCAGAUAAAAAUUUUACAUCUAUUCAUAAUUUAUUUCCUAAGCUUGAUAGUGGGUACAUUAGUGUUUGUCAUAUUAUUCUUUAAGCAAAAAUUAUUAUCAAUAAGGCAAUUUAGAAAUGUUUCAGAAUAUUUGUAUAAACUUAGAGCAACAGAAGACUUUGUAGGCAACCCAGUACACCCCCUAAUCAAUAAAUAAAAGACUAGAAAUAUUUAUCUACGUAACAUAACAAUUAUGUCAAAUAAAUAAAGGAAAAUAUAUAAAACUCGUAACUAAUGUUUGAUGAGCACUUAUUAUGUACCAUACAUUAUUUUAUGUGCUAAAGAUACAUCAGUGAAGAAGACAAACUUCCUGUCCUUUCAUAGUUUAUAUUCUGGUGAGGAAGAAAUAUAAAAAGCAAAAUAAACAGGUUAGAAUAAAUGAUACAAGUAAAAAUAAGUUACAUUAAGAAAUAAAACAUAUUAAUAGUGUGUUCAGGAAAAGAAACUCUAGAAGAUAAUAUUUGACAGAAUUUAAACGAAAUAGUGAACUUAUCUGGGCAAAUAAAAUUCUUAUCUGUCUGAGCAGAAAGACCAAAGAAAUAAAUGGUGUUGGUGAGGAACAAUAAAAAGAACAAUGAGUCUAAAGAGAGAGAAAGAAGAUGAAGAAUAGGUCAAGAGAGAAGAAAAGUUGAUAUGGACUUAGUGCUUGACCACUUCUGAGUAUUAAAAAAAAGAAAUGAGGUACACAUUUUUGCAAGUACUUUUUAGAUGGUUUUCAUUCUUUUGACUGCAUCACUCCACUGAGACUGAAAAUGUGAGUCAUUGCUCUUAAAGAUACAAGCAUAUAUGUCUUUAAUAAUCUAAAACAACAUCUAAUUACAAGGAAAUAUUUGGCUUUCUGGUUUGUAAUCACAUCGGGAACCACCACUCAAACCCUGUUUUAGUGUAAUAAUGAUUAUUCAUAUUAACCUUGAGAACACAUCACUUUUGAAAAUUUCUUUUUUAACUUGUCUUCUUGACAUUUCUUAUUAAGAGAAAAUUCUGUAAACCACAGAGUAUUUUUUAAACAAACUGUCUAACAUUAAAGAUAUUUAGAAAGUAAAAUUUCGUGUUUUGAAUCAUACAACUAAGGCCCAUGAGGUCCAUUUGUAUUUUAAAAUAGAAAUGGGUUAAAAAUCCCAACUGGCUUUACACCUUAUUAUGUCUAUAUAUUAGGUCAUCAUCCCCUUCCUUAAACUGCUUACUCUAGUAUCCUCUAUAUUAAUGGUACCAUCAUUAUUUCCUUCAGUAAAAAAUAAAAACGUAUGCAUCUUUCUUAUCCUAUCCCUCUCCCCACUCUUUUU